GCUUCCCCCCUUUCAUUGCGGUGCUUUCUUAUCUCGUCUCUUCUCCUGUCCAAACGCAGAUUUACAUUUUUUACGGCACUCGGUCAAACGCUGAGUUCGUCAUCCACAACGGAUUCUUCUUUGAAAACAACGCUCACGACCGGGUGAAGAUAAAGCUGGGCGUCAGUAAGAGCGACAGGCUGUACGCCAUGAAAGCCGAGGUCCUAGCCCGAGCCGGCAUCCCAACGUCCAGUGUGUUUGCCCUGCAUGUCACAGAGCCUCCGAUAUCUGCUCAGCUGCUGGCCUUCCUGAGAGUCUUCUGCAUGAGUGAAGAUGAGCUGAAGGAACACUUGAUCGGAGAGCAUGCAAUCGAUAAGAUCUUCACCCUGGGGAAUAGCGAGUUUCCUGUUAGUUGGGACAAUGAGAUCAAGCUGUGGACUUUCCUGGAGACGAGAGCUUCACUUCUGCUGAAGACCUACAGAACCACCAUAGAGGGGGACAAACACCUUUUAGAACAAGGGAACCUCUCCCUUCGCGCAGCAAUGGCCAUCAAGCUGCGCCUCGUGGAGAAGGAGAUCUUGGAGAAAGCGGUGAAAAGCGCUUCCGAUAACCGCAAGAUGUACAGCAAACGCUUGGAGGACGGCGACCCUCUCCCGAAAUACGAGGAAAGCAACAUCGCCUUUUUGGAGAACACGGCAUCAGACUCCAAACUCCCCCUGGUGCUGAGAAACCUCGACGAAGAAGACGCCGAGCCGGCGGAGCUCAACAUCCAGGAGGCCCUCACCAUCUCCGAAUUCACCGAAAACGGUUACGUCAACGGGAAAGACUCUCUGCUCAACGGGACCAAGCCUGAAAGCGCUACCGAGCUCCCAGAGGAGGGAGCAACCAAAAACGCCAAAGAGAUUUCCGCGGAGUGCACCGGCGAGGCUCAAGUGCAAUUGUGAACUAUUUUUGACUUUUAAGGAGAUUUAGAAAGAAAUACAGAGUUUUGGAAACAGUGCAGUUGCAUUGCUGUGUUCACUUGUUUAACUUUUUUGGCAGAUAAAGAUGUUGCUGCUUUUGUUGUUUGUUUUUUACGUUGACCUUUAAAAGAAGUGUUUGAUGGAGGAAAGGCGAAGUUU